UCUAUUUUAGGAUCUCCUGCAACAUAUGAUCCUAGCUUCAAAGGACCUCUUGAAAGAAGGUCCUGCACAGAUGUACUCUGUCUGUUAUUAUUUAUAGUUUUCUUAGUAUGCUGGGCGCUUAUUGGAUUCUUGGCUUUGACCAAAGGAAACAUUUCGGUUUUAAUAAAUCCAAAAGACUCCAAUGGAAAUAUAUGUGGAGUAGAUAGUGAUGUAAUAGACCGACCGUAUUUGGUAUUCUUUGAUUUAACAAGAUGUAUUAGUCGGGACGUAUUGACUACAGGAUGUCCUACUAAACAGGUUUGUGUUAGCCAAUGCCCGGAAGUAUUUUUCAGUUUUUCGCUUAACGCUAGUUCCAAUGGCAACUAUAAUAGAAGCUAUAUGAUUUGCGAGGGUGGAGUUCAACCAAACAAUUAUGCAUUGGCCGUUUCUUGGGUCGCACAAUCAAAAUGCGCAAGUUGGUAUCUGCCAAGUAAAUCAGGUAAGUAGACCGUUUUUUGUUAAGUUAAAACUGACUCAUUUUUUAAUACAACAGACAUACUAUCUUGUCUGGGAAUUUUAACUACUUGUAUAAUCAUGUUUUUUUGACGUGAUAACGUUUUAUAAUUCGAUGGAGCCGGCUGCACGCACGAAAAAACAUGACUCAUGCG